GCCGCAGGGUGCCUGCCGGCCAGGGGACCUUCAGGUAGGAGGUCCUGGGUGACUUUGGACGUCCGCUCAUCCUCUGCGCUGUACCUGCUCCAGGGCCGUGCGGUUUUCCUUUCCUUCGUUCCGGGCCCUCCGGCGCAGCCAUGCUCCGUCAGAUCGUCGGGCAGGCCAAGAAGCAUCCCAGCUUGAUCCCCCUCUUUGUAUUUAUUGGAGCCGGAGGUACUGGGGCAUUGCUGUAUGUCAUGCGCCUGGCAUUGUUCAACCCAGAUGUCUGUUGGGACAAAAAGAAUAACCCAGAACCCUGGAACAAGCUGGGUCCCAAUGAGCAAUAUAAGUUCUACUCAGUGAAUGUAGAUUACACCAAACUGAAGAAAGAAGGUCCUGAGUUCUAAAUGAAAUAUUUCAGUAUAAAGCUGCUUAGAAUGAAGGUCUACCAGAAGCCAUCCGCACAAUUUUCCACUUAACCGGGAAAUAUUUCCCCUAAAUGCACGAAAUCAUGUUGGUGUAUUCUGUUGGGGUUUACACUGAUUAAUAAAUGUUUGAAACUUGA